AUGGCGACCGUGGAGGAGUUGAAGCUGAGGGUGCGAGAGUUGGAAAAUGAACUGAUAAAAUGCAAGCAGAAGCAGAGUGCUGUAGAAGAUGCUCACAGCCUGGCUCUGAAUAGACCCAAAAUUGAAAAAAUGAGUGCCGAGGUCGUGGAUUCCAAUCCGUACAGUCGGCUAAUGGCUUUAAAAAGGAUGGGAAUCGUUGAUGAUUAUGAGAAAAUCCGGACAUUCUCCGUCGCAGUAGUUGGAGUCGGGGGGGUCGGUAGCGUGACAGCUGAAAUGCUCACUAGAUGUGGCAUUGGUAAGCUGCUCCUCUUCGACUAUGAUAAAGUGGAACUGGCCAACAUGAACCGACUGUUCUUCCAGCCUCACCAGGCAGGCCUCAGUAAGGUGGAAGCGGCCGAGCACACUCUCAGAAACAUUAACCCAGAUGUCGCGUUUGAGAUCCACAACUACAACAUCACAACAAUGGAAAAUUUCACACAUUUCAUGGAUCGCAUCAGUCAUGGAGGAAUGGAAGAAGGGAAACCAGUGGAUUUGGUCCUAAGCUGUGUCGACAACUUUGAAGCCAGAAUGGCCAUUAAUACAGCUUGUAAUGAACUAGGUCAGACCUGGAUGGAGUCGGGUGUGAGUGAAAAUGCUGUAUCUGGGCACAUCCAGCUCAUAAUUCCUGGGGAGACGGCCUGCUUCGCUUGUGCGCCUCCACUUGUGGUCGCUGCUAACAUUGAUGAGAAGACCCUUAAGCGGGAGGGAGUGUGUGCUGCUAGCUUACCAACAACAAUGGGAGUUGUUGCAGGCCUCUUGGUUCAAAAUGUCCUCAAAUAUCUCUUGAAGUUUGGAACGGUCAGUUACUAUCUUGGCUACAAUGCCAUGCAGGACUUCUUCCCUUCCAUGACCAUGAAAGCCAACCCCCAGUGUAAUGAUCGGCACUGCAGGACACAGCAGGGCGAGUACAAGAAGAAAGAAGCAGAGCGACCAAAGGUGGAAAUUGUGCAGGAAGAAGAGGAGGUUGUGCAUGAAGACAAUGAUUGGGAAAUUGAACUGGUGGCAGAGGAAACGGAUGCAGAGUUAGAGGCUGCAUCAGGGACUGUGCCUGACCUCCCCGAGGGCAUCACUGUGGCUUACACCAUUCCAGCUCAAGAUAACACAAGUGGGGAGACGGUGGAGGAGACUGAACAGAGCCUUGAAGACUUGAUGGCUCAGAUGAAAAAGUUGUAG